AUGGCUUCCAACAAACCAGUAGACAAGCUGGCCGACAAUCUCAAAGGUUUGGUCAUCGGUGCCAGUGGUACGAUACCUGGGUAUCAACAUGUCGAUCGGGUCCGCGAACUAGAAGGCUGCGAAAUUGUGAACAUAGAUUGGUUGCUCCAGAAGAUCGAAAAGGUUGUUCCGGAGAGUGUUAGGAAGCAGAUAUUCAAGGAGGAAAAUAACGGUACCGAGGGCAAAGGCAAAAAACGUGAGCGAGAAUCUUCGAUUGAGGAUGACAAAGUUAGCUCCUGGAAGAAAGCAAAGGAUGAAGAACAGAUCAACCUCAAGAAUCUGAUCGAAUUGGUUGACGAGAAAUAUCCAGAGCCGAGUAGUACGCUUUCCGUUUGGCAGGACGUCACGGGAUUGAUUUGGGAUGCCACACUGGUCAGAGCUCGUUUGAAAAAGCAAGUCCAAGUUUUGCGCAUUCAACUUCUCGUUCAUCGCGAAUUACAAACAUUCCACACAUGGGACUUGCAGUGCCAAUUUGGAUCGUCUGAGGCAUCAAAAUCAGUUGGAGCCAUGGGAAGUUUUGAUUCAGCCAAGCAUACCUUUGAGGAGAAGUUUAAGUCGCUCAGUGGUUUAGCCUGGGAAGAUCGAAAUGCUAUUCCUUCUUCCAAAGGCUGGUUUGUCCUUGAAAUGCAUCAUAGGGAUGUUCCCGUCUUCACCAGCGAGAUCAGCCUGUUGCCUACAAGCAUUGAAAAUGUUUUGAAAAUCAUCUUCACCUCAGGAACCUUCAAGGGCUACCUCAAUUUGCUAAACAGGCUUGGGCGUAACAUUUUGGUUGCAAACAAAGUGGACAAGAAAAGACUCGUGUUUGGGAUUGCAGUUUUGGGCAAACUGAUGGAGCUCACCAACCCUGAGCUAGCGCCUGGCGACCACUCCCAGGCAAAGAAGAGCUUGUGCAGGAUCUACGAAAGCUUGAUUCUCAAAACUGGGUUUCUUUCAGACGCCAAUGAUACCAUCAGAAAGGAGUUGGAAUCCCUUGAUCUCUUACUCAUGUUGCACGAUGCUAGCGAGAUUCUGGAAAGAAAAUUCCAGUCUUCCUCAUUGGCCAUGAGCCAAAUAUCCCAAGUACUUGGUCUGGCAAAAUUGCUCCCAGUGAAGGAGGAUUCGACUGAGUUCGAGAUGCUCCGGGAGUAUCUUGAAAAGACUUCCAGUCCGAAUCACGCGUAUCAAUUUGAGGCAAGCUAUGAGGUCAUCGGCGUGUUCCGUAUCGAACGUCCUGGGGAAGCAGAACGUUUUGCCGAGUGGGAAAAGGCAAACCUUGCUGAUGUUGGAGACCGGCGACUUUUGUGGCAUGGCUCAAUGGCUAGCAACUUUGCAGGGAUCUUGAGUCAAGGGCUGCGUGGCGAUGGAAUUGUCAGUACCGAUGGAAAGCACUUCGUUCCCGGUGUAUUCUUUGCCGAUAUAUCCACCAAGUCAGCAGGAUAUUGCCGACAGAAAGGGGAAGCCUUGAUGUUGCUAUGCGAAGUCGAGCUGGGAAAAUCCUCAACCCUUUCGCAUCACCAUGCUGGCGGCACUAUCCAUAAAAAAUGGCGCGAUGCUGGAUAUAUUCACCCGGAUUUCAAGGGGACCCAAGUGCCAGAUGUUCACGCCGGAACAAAGAGUUCAAGCAGCCACUCGGGUCUUUACAACUCUGAGUAUGUCGCGCACACUCCAGCACAGAUACGUCAACGGUAUUUGUUCCACGUCAAGAUUGUUUGA